AUGCCUUCUUUUAGGGCCACGUCUAAUCUCACUGCGUUCAGCACCACGGUCGCCUUCAGAGCGGAGUCUGGGUACCAGGGUCGUUCGAGCACGUUCGAGCAGGUUCGAGCGCGGCCUGGAAGGCCCGUCCCGGGGCCGCAGCGUGUCGUCUGCCGCGGGGCCUGGCUCACAGCCGGCCCUCACGUGCACUGGGAAGGGGCGGGGGGCUCCAAGCUCGGUCGGGCCCGCCUUCUAGGAGGCCGCGGAACCCCCCGGGCCCGACGAGUCGCUGACGAAGGCCCCCCCGCCCCCCCACGGACGGCGGCGGGCGGACGGCUCCCGGGGCCCGCCCGGCCGGCCCCCCACCCCCGGCGCCCCCCAGCCGGCCGGUGGCCUUCCGGGUACCCCCACCCUCACCUCCCAUCGCCACCUGAACCCCGUUCAGCUUUCCGGGAGGGUCACAGUCCGCAGCCGCGGUCCGAGCCCCCGCCCGGCGGCGACCCUGCGACUCCGGGCUCGGUCCCGCUCGGCGCCCCGCCCCCCACCCCGGCCGGACGCCGCACGCCCGGCGGCGCUCCGCUCUCGGCCAACGCCCCCCCAGCUACUGCUGACGUCACAGGACGCGCGCUGUCUCAUUGGCCGAGAUUCCCCUCCCCCUCGCGUGGGACGGAGGCGGGCUGCGGUCCCCAGGCGUCCGGGGGCCGGUGUCGGUGGCGGCUGCAGCGUGGCCGCGAGGGGGCGCCUAGGUGGGCCUCCCCGGGGCCGCUCUGGGAGACCGGACCCCCCCGCUCCCGGGCAGAGGCGGCUACACCCGCCGAGCCUGGGAGCCGGAAAUCGGCUCCUCCCGCUGCGGCUCCGCCGCCCCGCGCAGAGGGAGGCGCCCCGCGCCGUCGGCCCCGCGGCGGCGUCUCUGGGCGUUCCCCAAACGGAGACUCACUGUUAGAUCUGAAGCAUCAUCAGGCUCCCCUCCUGCCAAACCUGUGGAAGCAGCCUCAGUGGGACAAUGAAGUGAGACCCCACCUGGGCUGCCCAUCGCUGGGAUCGGGAACCUGUCCAGCAGUUUCAGUGAUGGCGGCCCCAGAUAGCUACGGACCCCCAGCGUCACCAAUCUCGACAGGUGGGAGGAAGCCAUCUCUGGAGCGGAUAAAGAUGUGGCUGAAAGAGCUGCGUGACGAAGAAGAGCGGGACUGUUUGCGUGGCCCAGACUCAUCAGUCCAUGACCUCAGUCUUCUCACCUGGAAGUUGCCCGCCCCCUCCAUCGUUAUGGGGAAUAAGAAGAAACCCAAGGAAGUGGCCAGAGUAUCAGGGUACAAAGGGCUGGAGGCUGGAAUUCGGUGGGUCAGGCAGCCCUGGCCGGGAGGUGGUGUGGACCUCGGGGGACUGAGCCGGAGUCCUGGGUCAGCCUCCUGCUACGUGUGA